AUGGAGGUAGACGGGAUGGAAAAGCUGGAGCGCAUGGCAUCGGUGUGCGAGUUCGACCCAACCACCGGCAACAUCCCCGCCACCAAAGUGGAAAUCAGCGUCUCAUGCAGAGACCUGUUGGAUCGAGACACAUUCUCCAAAUCUGAUCCUAUAUGUAUUCUGUAUACUCAGGGAGUGGAGUCGAAACAAUGGCGAGAGUUUGGGAGGACAGAAGUGAUUAACAACACACUGAACCCAGACUUUGUAAGGAAGUACAUCCUGGACUACUUCUUUGAGGAAAAGCAAAACCUGCGCUUUGACAUAUAUGACAUUGACUCCAAAUGUUCUGAUCUGGCCAAACAUCCCUCUGAAUACAACGACUUCCUGGGUCAGACUUUUUGCACUCUGGGAGAGAUUGUGGGAUCUCCAGCCAGUCAUCUGGAAAAGCCUUUGGGGGGCAUUCCAGGGAAGAAAUGUGGAACCAUCAUUUUAACAGCAGAGGAGCUGGGUAACUGCAGGGACUGUGCCACUAUGCAAUUCUGUGCCAAUAAGUUGGACAAGAAAGACUUCUUUGGUCGGUCGGAUCCUUUUAUGGUGUUCUACCGGAGUAAUGAGGAUGGGACGUUUACAAUUUGCCACAAGACUGAGGUGAUAAAGAACACGCUGAAUCCUGUGUGGAAACCUUUCAGCAUCCCUGUUCGAGCCCUGUGCAACGGAGACUACGAAAGGUCUAUUAAGGUGGAAGUAUAUGACUGGGACAGAGAUGGCAGUCACGACUUCAUUGGAGAAUUUACCACUAGCUACCGGGACCUAUCAAGAGGCCAAAGUCAGUUUAACGUUUAUGAGGUUGUGAAUCCCAAAAAGAAAACAAAGAAGAGAAGAUACAUCAACUCUGGAACAGUGACAUUGCUUUCCUUUUCUGUCGAGGCAGAACACACUUUCCUUGACUACAUCAAGGCAGGAACUCAGAUCCAUUUCACCGUGGCCAUCGAUUUUACAGCUUCUAAUGGAAACCCAUCUCAGUCAACAUCUUUGCACUAUAUGAACCCGUAUCAGAUGAACGCCUACGCCAUGGCACUGAAGGCUGUUGGGGAGAUCAUCCAGGACUAUGACAGUGAUAAGAUGUUCCCGGCACUGGGCUUUGGAGCCAAACUGCCUCCUGAUGGCAGGGUGUCUCACGAGUUCCCCUUGAAUGGUAAUGUAGAUAACCCAUACUGCAAUGGCAUGGAGGGAAUUUUAGAAGCAUACCAUGAAAGUCUGAAGACGGUUCAGCUUUAUGGCCCAACCAACUUUGCUCCAGUCAUCAAUCAUGUAGCAAGAUAUGCAGAAGCAGUGCAGGAUGGCUCUCAGUACUUCGUGCUGCUUAUCAUCACAGAUGGAGUAAUAUCAGACAUGGCUCAGACCAAAGAGGCCAUUGUUAAUGCUGCUAAACUACCCAUGUCCAUCAUCAUUGUCGGAGUUGGCCAGGCUGAGUUUGAUGCCAUGGUUGAGCUGGAUGGGGAUGACAUCAGAAUAUCUUCAAGAGGAAAGCUGGCAGAAAGAGAUAUUGUCCAGUUUGUGCCAUUCCGGGACUACAUGGACCGGACAGGUAACCACGUCCUCAGCAUGGCACGGCUGGCCAAAGAUGUCCUCGCGGAGAUCCCCGAUCAGCUGAUUUCCUACAUGAAAUCACGAGGCAUUAAACCCAACCAGACUCCACCAGACUGUAGCCCUGCUGGGCUUAGUCCAACCUCUUAG